ACUGUCUUCCAACGACGAGGUCGCUCAUUAGUGGCGGGAUUGUUAAGACUCUGACGCUCGCGGUAGUACAUACAAGCAGGGAACCAUUAUUAUAUUUAAGGGGGGGGGGUUCCAUUGUUUGUCUUAGAAGGGAACAUGAAUCCGGUUAUCGAGUUCCCACUACUGACCGUCUCCAGGAUGCCACCCACAACAGUUGCCUAACACCCGGGUACCUAUUUACUGCCAAGUUUUUAUUUCAGUUACCCUUCAGAAGAUUCCCACGGCCUACGAAGAACAGCAUCCGGUGAGGUUCCAUAUAUCGCACAAUGGUUGGUUUAAGGAAGAUGUUGCUUACCCUAUACGUGUCUCAAGUGUGUGGACACAAUGGUAAGACAGAAACACUAACCACAAGGAACUGUGCUGGGCAAGACGGGAAUCGAUUGGCAGAAGACGGUUCAGAGAAGCCAUUAACACCGCAAACUAUAAUAGAUGGGAAGUUCUUUAUGGAUGCCAUCGCCUUUAACGCAUCAGCAGGCGAAGGUGGCCGAGGGGUCCGCAGUAGAGUCAGUCAAGAGACGCAAGUCAACGCAAUUCUAAACGAGAGAAAACUUUACCACAACUUGUGCUUACUGACGCUGGAUGUUCUCGACGCCUUUGGUCUCACGUUCCUGACCAUAUACACCAAUGACCAUCUGGGGAUAAUAGUCCCAUGGCUGUCCCAGAGCUCUGGGAUCAUGUGGGACAUCAGUCCCUGCUCCUUCGCCGCUACCCGGGCCUCCAAUCUCGCCCCACGCAAGCAAGGUCUCACUUUGGUUCUCUGUGAACUUAACUCAACCGAAUACAUCCUGUCCAAAGCGGCAGCAGUGGGCGGUCUGAAGAAGCAACUGUGGCUGCUGGCUGGCCUGACACAUUCGCUGGUGACUGCCUCUCCUCAACUCUACCUUCCCAUAGAUUCCAUGGUGCUGGAAGUGAGGAGUUCAAGAGAGGACAAGUUCCACCUGCACGAGAUAUGGUCUCCAGGACGCGGGAUGGACUUACACCAAGGCCAUCUAGCCAGCUGGCGAGCCAGCUUGUUCCAGCAAGAGGAGGAGGAGGAGGCCAACCCCGAGGCCAGAGGCGACCCAACGGACCGGACUGAGGUCCCCGACACAGUUACCACAGUCGGGAGGCUUACCAUAUCCAACAGACCCAAGUAUGAGCGACGGCGGGACCUCACUGGUGUCCACUUCGUCGCCACCUCCAUCAGCGAUGAGAGAGCCCACCACCUCCACUACGACCCCGUCCUCGGCAGGCAAGUCAUCGGAGGGUACUUCGGCGACGUCUGGGAGCUCCUCAAGGCCGAACUGAACUUCACGUACACGGUGAUCACACCUGCCGACGGAGAGUAUGGGUCGUACAGAAACGGGUCGUGGACAGGGAUGAUCGGAGACGUGUUGAGCGGAAGAGCGCACGUCGUGGUGGCCCAUCUCUCCCAGACCUACAGCAGGGCUCUGGUCAUCGACUUCUCAUCCGUCCUCCUCAAGUUCAGUUACCGGAUCUUCGCCCAGCCACACGGGGGCUCCGCUGCCUCUUGGACGGCCUACACUCGCCCCUUCUCCACGGGUCUGUGGGUCGGCCUGGUGCUGACGCUGAUGGUCCUGGCUACGGUAUACGCAGCCGUCUCCCACUGCUACUGUCUUAUGCUGGCCAGGGCAGCUGGCAGGGGCCUCCGGAGGAGCAUCACCACGUAUCGGGAGUGGAAGAGAGAGUGUCCACUGCUCGUGUGGGCAGCCAUCACGCAACAAGGCUGGCCCACUUCCCCGGACGCCGGAGCUCUCCGGGUGUUGUUCUGGAUGAUGUACGUGAUUGGUGUGGUGGUGGCGGCGUCGUACUCGGCCACGCUGGUGUCCUUCCUCACCGUCAUCAACGAUCAGUUGCCGUUCGAGUCCCUGGAAGACCUUAAGAAGCUUCCAAAAUUUCGACUCGGUAUACAGAAGGGAUCAGUGCUUGAAGAGUUGUUCAAGAGUCAGAAGUUCCUAGAGUACUGGGAGACGCUCAUAGAGCCCUACUCCAACACAGUUGUGAAGACAUACACCGAACUACGAGCCCUGGCGCUGAAGAGCAACAAUUACGCCUACGUCGGGUCCUUCGAGGUACAGAUACUGGACCCGGUCGGGGCGUGUACUAUGAAGUCCGCUCGUCAGCACCUGCUCUUCAACGAUGGCGCCCUCGGCUGGCCCCAAGGCUCCCCCUACCUCCAGCUCUUCGAUCAUUUUAUCAAUAAGUUCCGUGAGUCAGGGUUGCUGAAGAAGCUGAUGGAUGUGUGGUACCCCCGACCAUACGCCUGCCCGGGCCAGCCGGUGGUUGCUCUCGGCUUGCAACAGGUCUUCACGGCAUUUGUGUUGCUUAGCCUGGGCGCCGGACUUAGCUUCCUGCUCCUAAGUCUGGAAAAAUUCAUCAUUCAAUGCAGAACUCAACAUACUCAAAUUCAGGUAUAAACUAAAGUAGAUCCGCCA